AUGUCCUUCCUCGCAGUCCCCCUCCUGAAGCUGGGCUUCUCCCAAGCCAAAAAAUACAAGAACAAGCGCGACAUCAAAAAACAACAAGACGCAGGCGUCUACCCAACCUUCGAAGACAACUACCCUCUAAGCGGCUACCCACCCGGCGCAGCCCCAGGCACAACAAUCGACUAUACCCCAGAAAGCAAACGAGCCAAGCUCCGCUUCAUGCUGAAUGCAGCUCUCCGCUUCCUCCAAUUCGUCUUCGGUCUCACCGUCAUCGGCCUCUACGGUCGAGAAGUCCGCCACGACCAUAAAUACAAUCACACCUGGCAUUCGCAAUGGGUAUACGCUCUCGUGGCUUCGUUCCUGGCUACAGUGACUGCGCUCGUUUGUCUGGUUAAGCCAUUCAUUAUGCGCAAGCUGGGGGCCACUUCUGCUCCGAAUCCGAUUAUGAUACUGUCGCACUUUGUUUGGGAGUUCGUUCUCUGUGUGCUUUGGUUGGCGCUUUUUGGCGUCUUUGGGAAGUUGUAUAUUGGUGUUUAUCCUAAGGAGGAUGCUAGUGAUGCUUCUAGGGUUGAUCGGAUGCGGCAUGCGGUUUGGGUCGAUAUCAUUAAUUUGGGAUUCUGGGUUAUGUCUGCUUCUUGGAUUCUGUUGCGGUGGUUGAAGAGUCGGAAGGGUGAUGUUGCGGAUGCUGAGAAGGGUCAGAUUUAG